CUCGCCCCGCGGCACUUCAGCCUCCGCCGACGGCCCUUCCUCAGCUACGACGAGGACGCCAAGGUGUCCACACUGCGUGUCGUGGUCUUUGGCUCUGACCGCAUCUCAGGGAAAGUGGCCCGAGCCUACAGCAACCUCAGGCUCAAGGAGAGCACCUGCCCCUCACUGACAAGGUACUUCAAGCUGCAGUUUUUCUACGUCCCCGUGAAGAGGAGCUGCUUGGCUCCAUCGACCCCCCUGAUGCAUACCUUCCCCUCCCUGGGGGACCCGCAGCUCCGGGGCUCGGCACAGGUGGAUCCCACCUUGGCUGGGAUGGAGAGCAGCACCAAUGACAUCUCCCACUACAUUGGCAUGUUGGACCCAUGGUACGAGCGCAAUGUUCUUGGGCUGAUGAACCUGCCCAUGGACGUCCUGUGUCAGUCUGCCAAGCCAGACGCUGAGCCACAGGAGGACUCCCAGGAGCAGCUGCCCAUCCUGGCCGACAUGAUCCUCUACUACUGCCGCUUUGCCACGCGCCCUGUCCUGCUGCAGCUCUACCAGACGGAGCUCACCUUCAUCGGGGGAGAAAAGAUGACCGAAGUCUUCAUCCAUUCCCUUGAGCUAGGACACUCGGCGGCCACGCGGGCCAUCAAGGCGUCAGGUCCAGGCAGCAAAAGGCUGGGCAUAGAUGGAGACAGAGAAGCAAUCCCACUAACACUACAGAUCGCCUACAGCAAGACAGCCGUCAGUGGAAGAAGUCACUGGAAUGAUGUUGAGAAGGUCUGCACAUCUGUCAACCUUAGCAAAGCCUGCAAGAAGCAUGAAGAACUAGCCUCAAAGACAGAGUAUCUCAACUUGACCAUGACGGAGGUGGUCAAAAGGCAAAACUCCAAAUCCAAAAAAAGUUUCAAUCAGAUCAGCGUGUCCCAGAUAAAAGUAGACAAAGUCCAGAUUAUCGGUCUCCAGUCGUCCUUCGCUGUGUGCCUGGACCAGGAUGAGCAGAAGAUCCUGCAGAGUGUAACGAGGUGUGAGAUCUCUGUGUGCUACAAACCCAGGGACAGCGAUCUCUUUGCACUGAGAAGGUCCUCUUUGCCUCACCAGGACCCCUCUGAGUUUCAUUCUCUCCUGUGUUUACCCAUUGCCACCUUCAGUGGAGCACUGCCGUAG